GGUCAGGAAACCUUACCCAGGGAAAGUCCUGAUCUGCUUUUACUACUAAGAAUGCUCUCCCUGGGACAGGGGGCUUGGGACAUGAUUGACAGUCAGGUCUUCAAGGAGCCAAAGAUGGAAGUAGAGCUCAUCACUAGGUUUUUGCCAAUGCUUAUGUCUUUUGUGGUGGAUGAUUAUACUUUCAACGUAGAUCAGAAACUACCAACAGAAGAGAAGGCAUCAGUCACGUACCCUAAUACCCUUCCUGAAAGCUUUACUAAGUUCUUGCAGGAGCAUAGGAUGGCCUGUGAAAUGGGGCUUUAUUAUGUCCUUCACAUAACAAAACAAAGGAAUAAAAAUGCUUUUCUCCGACUUUUGCCUGGAUUAGUGGAGACAUUCGGAGACCUGGGCUUUGGUGAUAUAUUCCUUCACCUGCUCACUGGGAACCUUACUCUGCUGGCAGAUGAAUUUGCUGUGGAAGAAUUCUGUACUAGUUUAUUUGAUGGAUUCUUCCUCACCUGCCUCUCAAGAAAGGAGAAUGUGCACCACCAUGUUCUCAGACUCCUGAUUCACCUGCAUCACAAAGUGGCCCCUACUAAAUUGGAGUCCCUCCAAAAGACUUUGGAGCCUACCAGUCAGAGUGGGGAGGCUGUGAAGGAUCUUUACAACCAGCUUGGAGAGAAACUGGAACAUCUGGAACAUUGCAAACCCAGUCCAGCCCAGGCGGUGGAAGCUCCUGCUUUAGAGCUACCUCUUCCUGCUGUCCCAACCCCAGCAGCGCUUUGAGGUGCUCUGACCCUGGGCUUGGUCGUGGUUAUGGUACCUGAUGACAUGUAGCUUUCCAUAGCCCUUGAGGGUUGGGGAAUUGUUUGUCAUCACUACACUGUGAAGAAUUUCCUGAGGACUUUA